AUGCUCAGACUACCUUCUUCGUUGGCCCCGAAGUUCAGUGCUCCAAAGAGAAGUGUAUCCAACUCAGUUAAAAAUGCUCUCUAUAUCGACCGUGGAUUGUUGGUAUUGAACAAACCGUCGGGUUUGGUGUGCCAGUUUAACAGAAAUGAACAAGGCGAAGGCAUUGGUGACGACUUUCAGGCUGUUGUCCACGAUCUGAGGGAACAGUUCGAUCUGAAGGAUGACCUGUAUCCUGUCCACAGGCUUGAUAAGAGAACGACGGGUGCACUAGCCCUUGCGCUCAGUCCAGCACAUGCCCAGUCGCUGGCGCAACAGUUUGAGUCACGGUCGGUGGAAAAAUCGUAUCUCGCGCUCGUGCGUGGCGGGAUCCGGUCUUUCUCUGAACCCAAGGGCACAAUUAGAAGCGGGCUUACAUUUGUAGACGGCCGCUUGUGGUUGGACGCUGGCCGUCCAUCGGACAAGAAGGCAAAGAUUGUACGACGAGUUGCGGAGACUGACUGGGAGGUCCUGGCUUCAUCUCCCACCGUUCCGUUGACAUUGGUGAGGUUGCGGCCGGACACGGGUUUGAAGCACCAGCUGCGAAUUCACAUGGCGCAAAACUUGAAUACACCUAUUCUCGGAGACCUUUUGUAUUCACGUUCGAAGCUCUCAUCAAAAAUCACAGAUAAGGUCGACGUAUACCCAGACUUCAUGUUCUUGCACUCCUCCCAGCUUUCCAUCUCCCGCUAUCGCCGGACCGGCGCCCACAAACAUGUGCGCGUGACGAUUGGCGCGCCACUUCCAGGAUACUUCACUCGCCUGUGUGCGAAGGUGAAGAUCCUGCUGCCAGCUGAACUUGCGACUGGCGGGUUAUGGAUUGACGGUGAGCGGAUGAGACCACAGACAAUACAUGUCGUUCAGCAGCCCGAGGAGGGAACGUUGGCCGAAAUACCUCGUCAGUCUGCAGACGAUGUCGCACAUAAGCUUGAGGGGAUUGGCGGACGGUGGGUUGGAGAGAGAUUGUGA